AGUUUAGUUUUGAAUGAGGGGGAAUUAUUCUACAGUGUUUACAAAUUUUACAAACACUCCAUGAAGAAGAAGUUGUGAAGUUAAUUUAAUUUACACUGUAGCCCAUUUAGUGCCACAACAACCUGCAUAUUUAAUACUGGAAUCUGACUGCCCCUCAGGUGAAACCUCCAAACCCUCCGGACACCUCUGAGCGUCUCUGGGUGUGAUGGAAGCAGAGGUGCUUCUGCAGGAUGAGGACGUGGAGGGCUCGUGGACGAUGCUGUCCUGGCUGGCGUCCUGCCUCAUGGUGUUUGGAGGGGCGCUGCCCUACGUGCCACAGUACCAGGAGAUCCAGAGGAGCAACAACAGCGACGGCUUCUCCACCAAAGUGUGCCUGGUGCUGCUCAUUGCAAACAUCCUGCGUAUCUUCUUCUGGAUAGGGAAGCAGUUUGAGCUCACCCUGCUGCUCCAGAGCGUGGUGAUGAUCCUCACCAUGUUUGCCAUGCUCCACCUCUGCUGCAUGGUCCAAAACACCAACCGAGUGAGCACCAAGCAACACCGACUCUCAGAUUUGGACUUUCGCUACUUCUGGAAGUGGAGUGCGUUCGAGGACUACCUGCUCUUCUGCUUCGGCUUCACCGUGCUGUGCACCGUCGUCACCCUGCUGCUCCUGGACUCUCCUGUGUUCGUGGAGACGCAGGGCUCCCUCGCUGUCAUGUUCGAGGCCAUGCUCGGCCUCCCGCAACUGCUGCAAAACUUUCACAACCACUCCACCAAAGGCAUGAGUGUGAAGAUGGUGCUGCUGUGGACAGCCGGUGACGUCUUCAAGACCACCUACUUUGUGAUGAAUGAGAGCCCGACUCAGUUCGCUGUUUGUGGCUCAGUUCAGAUCCUUAUCGACGUGGCCAUCCUGCUGCAGGUCCUCUUCUACAGCCAAGACACACGGACCAAGCUGGGAUGAACAAGGAUGUUGCUAUCUGCAACAGAAAAAAACAACACAAGGCUCCUGGGUUCAUUUAAUUUGGUGUAGUAUUUCAAGGCUUAAAAAAAAGAGCUGCAAAGAUGAUAGAAUUGUCCUAGGGCACGUUAAGCUACCAAAUUAUGGAGAAAGCCAAAAGCAGUGUAGAUUUAUUUGGUGUUCCGCCUUGAUUUCAAAUAUUUGGUCUUAAAGGUUCAUUCAGUUUAAAACUCUACCUUCAAGUCCAAUGAGGCAAACCGCCUGAGCUUUGAACAAAUUAUCCACAGCAGCAUUAACAAUAAGAGCACUUAAAAACAAAAGAUUAAGAUUUUUUAAGCGAGAUAAGGAUGUGUUUUUUUUAAUAUUUGAUACUAUUUAUUUGUUUCCUGUUGAACACGACUUGUAUGCUGGACUCCAAGAGGACAUGUGGAAACAUGACUCACUCCUGCAGCUCACUCGCAGCAGAUCUGUAAUGGCAGCUGUUACAAUCAGUCCUGCACUGGUAGCCCUGCACUGGAAUCUCCUGCCUGACUGAUGAGCCUCCCACUUCACACUCCACACCUAACAUAAGACCGGCCUCAUGAUGCAGAGAGAGAGUGUGUGUGUGUGUCUGUGUGUAUGUGUUUGCCAUGCAUGCUGGUGUUUCUCCACAGCAGAUAUUGAUUUUUGCCAUUGGCAUCCAGUGCGAGCCGAGGCUACAGAAGGUAUGCAAAGUAAGAGGAAGUAUAUAGGACAUCAAUCUGUUGUAUUUGUGCUUCAGGGUUUGAUUGACAAGAAGUGCAGGUCCAUACAUUAAUGAAACAGUAAGCAAUGCUGCUAUGCUCUGCGCCUGCCUUUGUCACAGACUCUUUAGUCCACACUAAGAAAUACGUCUGAUUGCAGGUCAAAUACUGCAGAAUUAGUUACUAUUUGAUAUUUGUGCUAUUAUCGUAUGUUGUAAGUAACACAGAAAAUUUUCUCACCCCUUAAAAGUAAUGAUACAAAAUAUUGAGCUUGUUUUCUGAAACUCAGAUCAAACCUUUUUACCUAACUCGUUCCACAUGCAGAGCGUCAUGUACCCAGGAUGACCAAAGAUUAUAAAUGUUAAAUAUGAAUAAUAAUUACAGACAAAGCUGUUUUAACUUUUGGAUAAAUUAUAACCCUAAGGCCCCGUGUCCACCUAGCGUUUUUCCUGGUAGCGCUGGCUGUACGGUCAAGAGCGCUUGCAUGGAGCGUUUGCAUGGAGCGUUGGUGUGCUGAGAAGAAACGCGCUGCACGCUCGUCCUGUUUCUAUGACAACAGUCUGUUGACAACGACCGCUGUAUGACCGACGCAGCUCUGUUGCUCUUUACUGCAUGUUUUAUAGUUAAGAUCGUUUUUAUCCUGAUCAGACACGGAGCAAACAGGAUGUGGGUAUAAGACAAGAUCUGUUGGCGACAAACAUACGGAGCGCAGGUUGAAAGAUUUUCUGGAUUUCUCCAGUCACAGCCUGCUGCUGCAAACGCUGUCUCCUCAUUCAGAAAAAAAACGGCAGGUAGACACAGGGAACUAACGAUGCAUUUUAUGUUACUUUAAAGUAAAUCAAGGGAAGGCUUAAAUAGGACGUUUUAUAACCCCUCUUUUUGUCAACAACAAAAGCUAUACAGCAACUUUGAGUCCAUCUCUUAGCUCCAAAUAAUUUGUCUUCAGUCCCUUACAUUGAAAUUCCUUUUCUUGUCAUGUGCAUGAGGCGAUCUGAAGAAGUAAACAGACUUUAAAGUCUCACCAGAAAUAUCCUCGUAAUAAAACAUCAUUACAGAAAUAUUAAUCCAUUUCAGCCAUCCAAAAUGCUAAGUUUUUUACCAAAUAUCUUAAUCAAAAGUUAAAUAAGUUAUUUAUAAUGAAUCACUAAUUCAAUGUCAUAUUCUCAGGGGAAGUGUUUUUUAAGCGCUUUCUUGAUGGUUUCCUCUUAAAGCACUGCAUGAAACAAAUCAGUGCCAGCAGCUGAUUAGUAGUCAGAGCAGGUUCCUUUAACUCCCCCCCAGGCUUGAGUUAAUUAAGAAAUAAAUCUAUUGCACCUGCUUAUAAAGUCCACCAGCCAGCAUUUUAACUUAGCAGCCAGUUAGUGUCCGUCUGUUCCUCUAAAGCCUUGUGUUUGCAGAUUCUCCUUCACUGAACAACUUUUGAGAAUUGCACACUGCGGGGGUUUUGGUUUGCAUUAGUCAGACUACCUCUUAUUGAAGCUGCCAGUAUGCCUCAGUAUACCUCAUCUAUAUAACAUGCUUUCAGUAGUAUUAGUGAUGUGAUUCUCAGGAACAGCAUGCUGUGAUCCGACAACUUACGAUAUCCUUUAGAGUGAGAAACAUGGCCAGAGUUUCCUCAUAUUAACGUCAGGUUUUAACGUUUGAUUAUUGAUCUUUGUCCUGAAGCAGAAGUUUGACAUAAAUCUGAUAGUACUCUCAUGUCUGUACAGUAAAUAUGUAACUACAACUAGUGUGGAUUAGCUUUGCCUAACAUAGAGCUGCAAAAGAUGACAAAUUCUGCUUAAGCCGACUUUAUUUUUGAUGAAUAAAAGCUGAAAUUGUCAAUCUACGGUAAAAAGCAACUUACAACCCUGUAUGCUCACCUAGCUUUUAAAGUGAAUGAGAACUGAGACUCUGAUUGAUUUAAAUAAUGUGACACCCAAAUACACCUAAUCAAGCGACUGUAUCCAUCCUGUUUGUGCCCUGCGCCUCACUAAGUGCCCAGAUUGUGCGCUGUCUAACUAGCUAAAUGUAUUUGGACACGCCCCCUACACACUUGGCCGUGUACUUCAGACCAUGAGCUUUAGAUUGUUUAAACACACAAAGUAAAUAAGGACGUGACCAGCCUACUUGGACACAUGUUAAACUUAGUAAGAGGGGCUUUCAUUCGUAAGGCUGCUUGCUGUAGCUUCAUAUUUGUCGUACAGAUAAAAAGAUUGAAUUUCAAUCGAUCUAUCCUCACAAGUGUGUUUUUAAAAAAUAUGAAAGUUUAGUAAUCAGUCAUUUGAGAUGUUUAGGAGUCAUAAGUUAUAGGAUCAUCAAACUAAUGGUGCAUUCCAUUUACCUCGCAACUCAAACUCAAAGCUGGGAAUGACAUCACUCCCGAGUUAACUGCGUUCCAGAUGCAAGUCGGACGAGCAACAUGGACCCCUCCAGGAGCAGUGUUGGGCAGUAACGUGUUACAGUAAUAAUAUUACUAUUACUAGUAUCAAGUAGUGUAACGAAUUACUAAUGAAAUUCCAGUAAUAAUAUUACAGUUACUCAAGCUAAAAAUAACUCGUUACUACUUUACUGUUGUUGUUAUUACCCCACUUCUGAUUUAAAAUGCAACAAUCCCCAGAUUAAUUUCAUCGCGUACGUCAGCCAAGCAGGAAGGUAGCGAGCUUCAUGGUUGCCAGGUUUGCAGUUUUCAUGCUGAAUUGGGCUUCAUUUUAGGUGCUGCUGCAAGUAGUUUUUUUUUUGGCCAUUGGGCUUAUUUCGUCAAUUGUUGUCAUGCAUACCUGGCAACUCUGGUUGGCUUGGAAGGUGGAAGCGCUCAAGUUUAUAUUCAGCAGCUGGAAAUUAGUUAGAAUUUAGUUUUCUCGAGAAGAAAGAUGACAAGAACAUCGUUGUCAGAUGUAGAUUGUGUCCUGGUACUAGGACUCUUUCUACUGCAAAAAACACGACCUUAAACCUCCUGAAGCACUUACAUCAACAGCACAACAACGUGUAAAUAAACCCCUCCAACGAGCCCUCUGCGGCCCGGAGGAUAGCUGUAGCCCUACAAUACCUACAAAACAACCAAGACUGGAUUUUAAUCGUGGACAGCUACAAGCGAAAAAAGAACUAAUAAAACGAGUAGUGUAACAUAUAACUGUUGGCAGGGAGUAAUAAGUAAAGUAAUUAUAUUACUUUUAAAAAGAGUAUCGAGUAAUGUGUAAUAUGUUCAUUUUUUUCAGUAACGAGCCCAACACUGUCCAGGAGUACAUUUGUUUUGUUAGCUAAUACCAGACGAUAACAACACACUACGUGAUAGUUUGUGCACGAAAACAACAUGUCCACAGAGAGAGCUUGCACGAUACUAUCGGUUUGAUAGAUUGAAUUACACCAAAAGAGGGCUAAGCUGCUAAUAAACACAAUAGUUACAGCUUAAAUGUUACUGUUGAAGCAUGAAGCAGCCAUGUUUGAUUUUAACUUGGGCUACUGAAGCUUCUCCGAGUGUCCAAGUCGGAAUUCAUACUUUUGGGGAGCGUUCUUGAUGACGUAUCAAACCGCCAUUGGAACUUCCCACUUCUGGGAUCAAAUGGAAAACACCAUUAAUCUCUGUGAAGAAGAACUCUGUUGUAUUUUUUAUGUGUAUCAGUUUGAAUACAGGACAGAUUAAAUAUAUAAUCUAUAUGUUUAUGUAUGAGUACGUAGAUACGUACAUCACAAAAGAGAUGUUGGAGUAAAAACAUGGAAUGUGUUUGAUGAAUGAACUGUGUAAAUAACCACGAGUAUAUCAGUCUAUGGAUCCAAAAUGGCUGUUCUGCAGGAGCUGCUGUAAUAAGUGUUGGAGUGACAUUUAUAAAGGGGCUCAGGUUACUGAUAGACUUUAGUGACAUUCACUUUUGUGGUUUCUGUGACCUUCCAUUGUGUGUUUCCCUCUGCGUGGGUAUGCAUUGGUUCUUCAGUUCAUCUUAUCCAACAUUAUAUCUGUAAGCAAUAUUGUGAGCAGCAUGUCUCUUAUCUCCUGUUCCCUGAAGCAUACCACAGUUGUGUUGCGUUUGCAUUAUUUCUGUAUUCUAUAUGCUCUUAUCACCAGAUGUGUAUCUUUAUAUUUUCUCUCUCAGCAGAAGCUCAGGGUGGAACCUCGCUGGAUUUAGCUUAACAUUUUGGGCUUUGUAUAGCCUUUUUUUAUUCAAGGGCGUUUGGACAGAUUAGCACACACACACUGAGUGGUUGUGAUAAUCCUUCAGCCUCGUUCACAUUCUGGUUACUUUGCUUUUUGCCCAACCCGUAACGCAUUCAUAUAAGGAAAGGGGACUUUGUAGUCCUAGAGAGGGAGUGCUCUGAUUGUUACUUCUACCACAUACAGGAUGAAUCUUUAUGUCAUGGAUUACCAAAUUUUAUAAUUAUUAGUUUGUUUUUUAAUAAGCAUCUGUUGAUUAAGGAGAUGUAUGUAAAUGAUCUGUGAAACCAAACAUAAAUGAUGCCUUUAAAGUAUAUUAAAGCUCUUGUGAGGAGUUUUUAACUGGGUACCAAACAGACUGAAAUGAAUACUGGUACCUCUUUAUGACCAACAAAAACAAACAAGAUAAUCGGUAGAAAGACUGAUGAUUUCUAUUGGCUUUUGUAAAUGUUUGAUGAUGAUGCUACCAGGCGAUAGGUGGCGGACAAAGUGAUCCUUUUUGUACGUCUUCCCCUGAAAAAAAUGUUGAUGAUAAAUUUGCCUUUAUGAAUUAAGCACAGGUGGAGAAAAAACACUACUCACUCAAGUUUAGGACAAACGACAUAUGACUUUGUCCAGAGGGGGCACCAAAAGCCAUACCAUCUGAGAGUUCCUCACAGGAGCUUUAAAAUAAACCAGAACAAAGACAAAUGCACAUUGAAAUGAGAUGUGACAUCAUGAUUAUUACCGUAUUAUGUACAAGUCUGUGAUUCCACUCAAAUGCAAAAACAAACUCCCAAAUGAUACACUUUAAGUGGUUUUUACUAUCUGAUGACAGCUGUAUGUAUGUGAAAUAUUUAUCAUGUUAUUGUCUCACAUAUAAACUAUUUAUAUUUCA